AUGGAAAAUCAAGGACAGAAUACAAGAGAAAAUGCACCAAAGAAGUCAUUCUAUAUCGCAGACAUCUUGAUGGACAGUCAUAUUAAGGAAGCAGAUAAAAAGACUGAAAAUCCAAAAGUAUCUGUUACUGAAGACAUCACCUAUUCAGGGAAAUCACUUCAUUCAACUCCAAACUGGUACCCUUGGUGUCACACAAACCCAAAAUGGGAAUACAUGUUGGGAAGCGGUAAUUAUAUUCCAAAGGGCGGGCAACAUCUACUGAAUAACACAGAAAGAGUCCAUGAUCUGUCAUGUCAAAGAAAUACCUUAUCACCACAAACAGCCCACCAGAAAAUAGAUGCAACGGGCCUAUUUGAGUUUACUGGCGAAAGUUAUCAAAAUAGAAGAAAAAAGAAAACAAGAACAGUUUUUUCAAGAGGUCAAGUGUAUCAACUAGAAAAUACAUUUGACAUGAAGCGAUACUUAUCCAGUUCGGAUCGAGCAACUUUGGCGAACACUCUGAAGCUUUCGGAAACACAAAUCAAAAUAUGGUUCCAGAACAGACGAAAUAAAUGGAAGCGACAACUAUCGGCAGAAAUUGACUCCACACCAUUUGCACCAAUCAACGCUUCUACGCAACUUCGAAUCCCUAUUUUUUGCAAGAGCCACCAUUACAUGCCUGUUGGCUGUAAAUUAGGCACAAUGACUUCUAGUUUCCAACCAACUCUGAAAGGAAUGUCUUUAGCGUAUGGACAGCUGGCCAUUCCAGACCCAGCAACGAUUCGAAAUUCUAUUUUGUAA